CAGUUCUCGCCUUCCCACUCUCGGGUCUUCCGGUUUUGAACGCUGGCGGCCAGUCGUCACCUAGCCAUCUGGAAAGCCACAAUCUGGAUCAAUGCAACAAGGCCCUGGCCCCAAGGUUGCUUCUUAUUGGCCAAUGUGGUCAUUGUUAAAACAGAUCAGAAACACUUGACGUUCUGCCCAAUUCAGGGAGGAAUUAACCUCCUUCUUACGCAGAGAGCGCAUGACAAUGAUAGGUAUGGUCUGCCUCUAGGGGCCGCGAGGGGAUUGACCGCAAGGGAGCGCUCGCUACUUCGUCAACUUACGUGGGUAUGCCCUCGACGGAAACGCACGGGAAUUUCCAGGGACCAAGGAACUGAGCUUUCAGAAUGACUGCGUUGCCGCUGGGACUUGUAUCGCUAUGCUACUGCUAUAUCCUGGUGUUUAUGCCAACGUGGGGCUCCGUGAGGGCGUCCCAGGUACCAAUAGACUACCUGAACCCUGAUGAUACGCAGGAUAUCGACUAUGCAGACCCCUGUAAAGCUGAACAAUUUGAUGGUGACAUAGCUUUAAGUCCAUAUGACAUCAGUACAUUAGCAAGAUAUACAAGAGAAUGGCAGCAAGGGGAAACUUUUCCAGGGCAGCUAAGACAUCGUCAUAUGCAGUCAAGAAGAUUGCAGUCUGGCAAAAGAAGAGUAAACUGGACAGUGGCUAAACCAGGCCACUCCAGACAAAAACCCCAGCAUCGCCGGGAGCGGCUCCACAGAUCAGGCCCUGCGCCGAUCCAGAGGGUACACAGCAGAAUACGGCGGGCAGCCACGGCCAGGCCCGAGAGGAAAUGGCCCAACGCUGUCAUUCCCUACACUGUGGAUCCUAAGGCCAACUUUUCAGGUAGCCAGCGGGCAAUGUUUAAACAAGCGAUGAGGCACUGGGAGAACUUCACAUGCGUCACUUUCAUCGAGAGAACUGAUGAGGAGAACUACAUCGUCUUCACAUACAGAGAGUGUGGGUGCUGUUCCUUUGUGGGGAGAAGAGGCAAUGGACCACAGGCCAUCUCCAUAGGAAAGAACUGUGACAAGUUUGGCAUUGUUGUGCAUGAGCUCGGCCAUGUGAUUGGCUUUUGGCAUGAACAUACCCGACCUGACCGAGACCACUGGGUCACCAUCAUCAAGGAAAACAUCCAGCCAGGCCAAGAGUACAACUUUCUGAAACUGGAGAAAGGAGAGGUGGACUCGCUCGGUGAGUCCUACGACUUCAACAGCAUCAUGCACUACGCUCGGAACACCUUCUCACGAGGGAUGUUCCUGGAUACCAUCCUCCCGCGGAGGGACCCGGAGUCUGGCCUGCGUCCAAACAUCGGACAGCGAUCGCACCUCAGCAAGGGAGACAUUGCCCAGGCAAACAAGCUGUACAAGUGUAAAUCCUGUGGGUACACACUCCAGGAGACAACAGGUAACUUUACCUCACCUGGUUGGCCAAACAAAUAUCCCCCCAACGCGGACUGUGAGUGGCGCAUCUCUGUCACACCUGGGGAGAAGAUCGUCCUCAACUUCACCUACAUGGACAUCGUACCGUCACGGGGCUGCUGGUAUGAUUACGUGGAGAUCCGAGACGGACACUGGAGGAAGUCACCUCAAAUAGGGAGGUUCUGUGGCAGCGAUGUUCCAAAAUCCAUUGUGUCAUCAGACAGCAGACUGUGGAUUGAGUUCCAGGCCAACAGUAACAGAGUUGCUAAGGGCUUCUCUAUCCAGUAUGAAGCCAUCUGUGGAGGUGACAUCAAAAAGGAGUCAGGACAGAUUCAGAGUCCGAACUAUCCUGACGACUACAGGCCAAACAAGGAGUGUGUGUGGCGAAUAACUGUUCCCAGAGGAUACAACAUAGGGCUGACCUUCCAGGCUUUUGAAAUAGAGCGCCACGACACCUGCUCCUAUGACUACGUGGAAGUGCGUGAUGGUCUGGAUGAGGAGUACUCUGAUAGGCUGGGCCGGUACUGUGGUUACAUCACUCCUGACGACAUCAAGUCCUCCUCCAAUACUCUGUUGGUCAAGUUCGUGUCUGAUGGCUCAGUUAACAAGGCCGGCUUCUCUGCUUCAUUCUUCAAGGAGAUGAAUGAGUGUGCCCAGCCAGACAAGGGAGGAUGUGAACAGAAGUGUGUGAACACCCUGGGCAGUUUCCACUGUGAGUGCAGUCCUGGGUAUGAACUCAGCUCCAACAAGCGCACAUGUGAACCGGCAUGUGGCGGCUUCCUGACCGGUCUGAGUGGAAACAUCACCAGUCCUACCUUCCCGCUGGAGUACCCUCAGAACAAACGCUGUGUCUGGCAGAUCGUGGCACCCUCUCAGUACCGCAUCACUCUCAAGUUUAACCACUUCGAGUUAGAAGGCAACGAUGUGUGUAAGUAUGACUCCCUGGAAGUACGCAGUGGACUGUCCCCUGAGUCUGACGUCCUGGGACGCUUCUGUGGAUCUGAACUUCCCGAGUCAGUCACAUCCUCACGUAACAACAUGCGUGUGGAGUUCAAGUCUGACAACACGGUGUCCAAGAAAGGCUUCCAUGCAACCUUCUUCUCAGACAAGGAUGAGUGUGCAGUAGACAAUGGAGGCUGUCAGCACGAGUGUGUCAACACGCUGGGGAGCUACGAGUGCAGAUGUCGCAACGGCUUCACGCUACAUGAGAACCUUCAUGACUGCAAGGAAGCUGGGUGUAAACAUCAGCUCAACGCUGCCACGGGAGAAAUAACCAGUCCCAACUGGCCUGACAAGUAUCCUGCCAGGAAAGAGUGUACCUGGCACAUUCUGGCCACAUCUGGACACAGGAUAAAACUGAUGUUCAAUGACUUUGAGAUCGAGCAGCACCAGGAGUGUGCGUAUGACCACCUGGAGGUGUACGACGGCCACUCCGCGGACGACCCGGUUCUGGGACGGUACUGCGGCAACAAGAAGCCUCCGCCGGUCGUCGCCAACUCCAACCACAUGUUCAUCAAGUUCUUCUCAGAUGCCUCCGUCCAAAGGAAAGGGUUCUCUGCCUUGCACACUACAGUAUGUGGAGGCACUCUGCUGGCUACCGAGCAAGUCACAGACCUGUUCUCACACGCGCAGUACGGAGACAACAACUACGGGCAGCAGGAGGAGUGUGAUUGGACAAUCACUGCCAGACAGGGCCAGACAGUCAGGCUGGCCUUCAAGUCCUUUGAAAUUGAAGAUGAAACCACAUGUGGCUAUGACUAUGUGGAGAUCUUUGAUGGUUACGAUGAUUCAGCUGAAAAACUGGGGCGUUUCUGUGGAGCAGAGACCCCUGACGUGAUUGUGUCACGAGGAGAUUCGCUGCUUGUUCGCUUCCGCACAGACGAUACCAUUAACAAGAAAGGCUUCCACGCACAGUAUAUGGGAACAGCCCUGAAGGAGACGUACUAUGCCUAGUGGAGCUCUAUGAUGCCAAGUUACCACUCAAACUGCCAUUCCAUUCAACAAAUGAUACACAUAUUCAUAGACAAUUCUCUUUUAGAGAGGACUGACAUUACAUAAUAAUAAUUGAAGGUACAUAUUGUACUUGUACUUAAUGCUAACAGUGAAUUCCAUCUCUCUGGCUGGCCCUACCAUUGUGAUUAGGACAAACGUUCAACUGAAUGGUAUAUUUUAACCUUUAGCAUGCUGUGUUAUACACACAUCAGGGCACAUUACCUGUAGCAUGCUGAAGGUUAAAGUCUGUAAUACCAAAGACAGGUCAGUGCAUGUAACAGCAAGAAGUUGCCAAAAGUUUGUGUUGAUAUCACAAAUUUAAAGCCUUUUGAUGGGUUUACGUGACUCAGUGAUCUCUGAUUUUCAGUGUGUUCUUUUAUACAUACAUAUAUAUAUAUGUAUACUAAUUUAUCUCUUUUAUACGAUAAAUUUAUCUCUUUUAUAUUAUGAUGUGUGGAUAUUGAAUGGAUUUCACAAAUCAUUCAGUUUGAAGACCCACUAUCUCUGAACUUAACUUUACUAACAUUGACAUCUUUGCUCUAGAUUGUUUUUAUUUUGAUAGAAUACCUUGAAAUAUUUGCACAAUGACAAAGCCAUGAAAAUCAUAAGAUGGUCCAUAGAUGUUUUUUUAUUUUUACUUUUUUUUUGCGGCGGUAUAAACUUAAAAUCACUCUUGCCUCACAGGCAUAGUCUGAAGGAAUUUGUUUCAUUGCUUUUUUUAUUCCUUUUUUAUAUAAUCUUUUCAUGAAGGUAGGGAUGUUUAACACUACCCUAAAAUUUCUCUGUCACAUUUUUUUUGCUGCUGCAUCCUUUUUUUUUAGAUUGUUCUACAGUCCAAGCUUUCUAAAACAUGCGUUAGCCUAUGGUUUCCCCACAAAUUUACCAUCCACAAGUACAUGUGUAUCUUUUACAUGACAGUUAUAUAAAGCAAUCCUAAACAUUGUACAUCACCAUACCUUGGUCUGUAUAUACGUUAACUACAGAAUGAGCAGGAUUGCUGAGGGAAUGUCUCUGUAGGAUCUUUGUUUGCCUCUCUGUGGUCAAGUCACCAUCUUUUUUUAAUGUUAAUAUCUUGAUUAUUGAUAUUUUACUUUUAGAUAUAGCAUACCCUGUAAUAUUUUUAAUGCAACUUUUUAUGAAUAAAGAUUUGUAAGUGUACUGG